UAGUACGAUUUAAGAAAAUUUCGGAAAAUGGCAGAGGUUGUCGCAAAACAUACUCUUCACAGUGGCAUUUUUCAUCCUUUACUGCGGCAAUGGCAAUCACCAAAUGUUGAGAUUACUGUUAAUAAUCUUAUGUAUCCAAUUUUUAUUUUAGAUGAGGAAGAUGCUAAAGAUCCAAUUGCUAGUAUGCCAGGUGUUUAUAGAUAUGGAGUUAAUCAAUUACAUAAAAUGUUGCAACCAUUGGUAUCAAAAGGAUUACAGUCAAUAUUAUUGUUUGGAGUAUCAAAACACUUGAAGAAGGAUCAUGUUGGAAGUAAUGCAGAUAGUGCACAAAAUCCAAUUGUUCAAGCUGUGCCUUUAAUAAGACAAUGGUUUCCAGAUUUAUUGAUAGCAUGUGAUGUUUGUUUAUGUCCUUACACAGUUCAUGGACACUGUGGAAUUAUAAAUGAGGAUGGAACCAUCAAUAAUAAAGCUAGUAUUACAAGAAUUUCAGAAAUUGCCCUUGCAUAUGCAAAGGCUGGAGCACAAAUUGUGGCCCCAUCUGACAUGAUGGAUGGAAGAAUAGGUGUAAUAAAACAACGAUUGGCAGCAGCUGGAUUAUCAAACAAAGUUGCAGUUUUAUCUUAUGCUGUCAAAUUUGCAUCAGGCUUCUAUGGCCCUUUCAGAGAUGCAUCACAAUCAACACCUCAAUUUGGGGAUAGAAAAUGUUAUCAAUUACCUCCAGGAAGUAAUGGAUUAGCUGCCAGAGCUGCUGCUAGAGAUGUUUCUGAAGGAGCUGAUAUGCUUAUGGUGAAACCAGGUCUAGCGUAUUUGGAUGUUGUUAGGCACACAAAGGAUUCACAUCCGGAAUAUCCAAUGUUUGUUUAUCAGGUUUCAGGAGAAUAUGCUAUGCUUUAUCAUGGGGCUCAGAAUGGUGCAAUCAAUUUAAAGAACGUGUUAAAUGAAGUUCUUCUAUCUAUGAGAAGAGCAGGGGCUGAUUGUAUUAUAACAUAUUUUACACCAUUAAUUUUAGAUAUGUUGCAACCAAAAAGCAAGUAUUAAGGUGUUCCAUGUAAAACAUACUUAACAUGUACAUAUAUCAGGGUGUUUGACAUUUUAAAUAAAUACAC